CCGCUGCUGCAACGGGGAAGUCUGUAUAGUACGGGACUCUUUCUGGGGGAAACUUACUUCUGCACUUGGAGUGUGAGCAUCAUUUCGCCGUGAGACGCGAACGGAAGCAGUUCUGUCCUGCAGACUGCAUCAAACCCGCAGCGCAUUCCAAGAUACCCUUACAGAGAGGCUGACCUGGGUUUUUUUAAACUUCCAAUAUCCAGUUGCUUUUCAAAUUAAAUUGACAAAUCGUGUCCUUUGCUUUAGUCGUGUGCUCAAAAAACGGAUGCAACUUAAUCCGUUUCGCAUAUUUUCAAAGCAGGCGAUUUCAAAGAACGUACAUUGCGUUUUUGGAACUUGUCACUGAAACAUCGGGAAGCCGUACACCCCCUCUCCUCUAUUCCAGAAAGAGGGACGCAAGCGACACGCAUGUGCCGCGCUGGUGGUAAAAUUCUGGAUAUUUGGGAUUGUGUACAUUCUGAAAAUCCAGGAAAGAAAAACAUGAAUUUCUGAACUUUACAGACGUCUCCAAACGCCCAGUCUUCAUCCCAAUCUGCAAGACUCGUACUGAGUCUAGCAACCGCGCGGCAUAUAAAGUAGGCUAUUGCUCGUCGUACGCCUCGUGGUGACUUGUCUGCGCUAUUCAUUGCAGCAAACCAAAGGAAAUAUCUCGGCAAACUCAUCGUUGCGCUUUUUUUGCGGAGCGCACAUACUUGGGAGACUGCCUGCUUGGAAAUAACUGUGCUGAAACAGUUCGACAUACCCCGCAAGAGAGCUAGCGUUAUUACCUUUCAAAACAUCUCGGUGUGUUGAAUGCGCGUGUCCUCUUUCAGCUGUUUUCCUGCUUAUCCGAAUACGUCGGACGGGGAUUUGGGCUACGUCUUGUGCUGAAGUUGCAUGCCUGGCCGAAAUCCAUUGAAGACAUCAAAUCACUCUCGGGGUAUAAAGAAAGUCGGGAUAUUUGGGGAAAGGCUUGUCGGUAUGGCCAUGGCGAUGUCAACGAGUUUUUGGAUAUUCCUGGUGGCCGUCAACGUACCAGGUGCCAGGGCUCAGAGUGUGCAGAUGGACUCCAGUAAGUCAGGCUUCGUGGGCUCCCAGGUGGAGCUGCGCUGCCUGUUCGUCAACAGCAACCCCCCGGUGAAGAUCUCGCAGGUCACCUGGCAGAAGUUCGUAAACGGCACCAAGCAGAACGUGGCCACGGUCAACCCCAGCCUGGGCGUGUCCGUGCUGCAGCCCUUCAAGGAUCGCGUGAGCUUUAAGCAGCAAGCUGUCCGCAACCGCACCCCCUCCCUGGAGGACACCACAAUCGUCUUCAACAACCUGCGGCUGUCCGACGAGGCCGCCUACAUCUGCGAGUACACCACCUUCCCCCUGGGCAACCGCGAGAACAUGGUCAACCUCACCGUCUAUGCUCAGCCCGUGACGCGUAUGUUCCUGUCCACGCCCACCAUCAUCGCCCGGCCACAGAAGCGCAAGAUGACGGUGGCCACCUGCCUCUCGGCCAACGGGAAGCCGCCCAGCGUGAUCACCUGGGAGACGCGUGUGAAGGGCGAGGCCACGUUCCAGGAGACGCGUAACGCCAACGGCACGGUGACGGUGCGCAGCACCUACGCGCUGGUGCCCAGCCGCGAGACGCACCGGCAGAAGCUCACCUGCAUCGUCAGCUACCGCAACGAGAAGAUCACCAACAGCGUCAUUCUCAACGUGCAGUACGAACCCGAGGUCAAGAUCGAGGGAUUUGACGGUAAUUGGUACCUGAACAGGAAGGAAGUACAGCUGACCUGCAAUGCCAGCGCCAACCCACCAAUCACCAUGUACCAAUGGAAGCUCUUGAACGGGUCCAUGCCGAGCACCGUGGAGAUCCGGAACAACACGCUGUUCUUCAAAGGGCCGGUCACGUAUGACCUGGCCGGCACAUACGUGUGCGACGCCACAAACAGCAUCGGCACACGCUCGGGCCUGGUGGAGGUCAACGUCACGGAAUACCCUAACUUCCUGCCUUCCGAGGACCGCUCGAUCGUUCAGCCCAGCUCGGGGGCGGCCAUCGGGGGGGCCGUGGGGGGAGGGCUCCUGCUGCUGGUGGCCGGCGCCCUCCUCUUCGUCUUCCUGCGCCGAAGGCAGCGCUUCAAGGGCGACUACAGCACCAAGAAGCACGUGUUCGGCAACGGCUACAGCAAGGCCGGGGGCCUGCCCGCCCACCCGCCCAUGCCCAAGAACCUGCAGUACCCCGAGGACUCGGACGACGAGAAGAAGCCAGGCCCCGCCAGCGGCCCCGCCCGCUUCGAGAGCAGCGACCCCGACUUCGACGGCGAGGCGGACGACAUGAAGAGGCCGUACUUCACGGUGGACGAGGGCGAGAGCCAGGAGUACGACGAGCGGACCUACCGCUACGAGCCGGGGGCCGAGCCGGCCGACGACAUGGUGUCUCAAAACGACGGCUCCGUCAUUUCCAAGAAGGAGUGGUACGUCUAGACAAAACGACAAACAAAACAAACGACCUCCUGGUUCCCCAUCCUUCACCUCCCCUCCCCUCACUUCCUGCAUCCGACCCCCCCCCCCCCCCCUUACCCCUCUUCAUUCCUCCAGUCCCCUCCCUCCUUUAAACCCCACCCCUUCUGUCGCUGCAUCAGUAACUGUUCGAGUAAACGACAUCAAUCGUCCAGCAUCGAGUUCAGAGAGCUUGCCACAUCUACCCCAAGACAUGUCAUGGAGGCGAAUUCAAUUGCUCUUAAGAGUCUGCUUCUUAAAAAUGUUUAUUAUACCGAUUUCCAUUGACGUUCCAGGCCGGGAGGUGGAAUGCUUGUUAAUAAUUGUGCAUUAUUUUGUCUUAAUUUCUUUUUCUCUCCGUUGUUAUUAUAAAUGUAUGUAAAAAUGAAUAUGUAAAAAAAAAAAAGAGAGAAAAACUUUUUAACUUUGGGCAGAGGAAUAUCGCUGUGCAUAUAUUGUUAAAGUUCUACACUGGAUAUAUGUUUUUUUAGUAUUGUUCUUUUAUCGCUUAUGUUUUUUGUUUUUGUAAAUGAUUAACCUUUGGGUAGAAGUGGUGUUAUUUCUCAGCUGAAGGGUCAGCUGACAUGGGGGUAAAAUAUAAAAUAUCGGGGUGAACGAAAUCACGUCCAAUGCCAUGAUGGAGAAAGCCCUGUCUCCUUACUCCUUACUGUGUCUACUGAAAACAGAACAAAACAAGGGUCCAUUACCGACCCGUCACACUAUAUCUUACUGCACUACACCAAGAGCUACAUCCUGCAGUUAGCAAUGUAGAUAACAGGCACUUUCAAAAGACAUGCACACCUGGUUCUUUAACACAAUAAGGAUGCGGUUUUGGCUUUAGUGUUGUUGUUAGCAGUGUGGGGAAAGCGUUGUCAUGGAAUCACGGAUCAUGUACAUGGCAUGUUUUCUCUUGUGUCAGUAUCCACCUCAUCUGGGGGCUCGAACCGCACGUCCAACCAAUGUCCCUGCGCUUGAUUCUGCCUGUGAAGGUCUCCUUUCGACUGGAAGAGAACGUAAUCACUGGGGCUUUCUGUGAUUGUGUGUGUGACUUACUUUUAAUUGCUUUUACAUUUCAGCCAGUAACUUUAAAUGGGGAAAAUUGAUAUAUAUAUAUAUAUAUAUA